GCCUAUUUUUAUCGACUCUACAGCUUAGAUUCUCGGUCGCUUAAGUAAUUCUAAAAACUUUAUCGGACCAAUCGAUAAUUUAAUAAGAUUAAUUAUGAGCUGAUUAUGUUUUACAUAUAAAAUGCUAACAACAUGGUGUUUUUACUAGUUUGGUGCACUCAGUUAAAAAUGUUCACCAGUAAUCUCGUACUGGUUCUAGUUAUCUAUUUUACGUUAAGUGAAGGUACAACAAGGGGUCCUCCAGAUUUUCUUGAAUCUAAUAGUGGAAAAAAUUCGUAUAGUAUUAUAACUGAAGAUUUUACUGAAAGUGGAGCUAAUAAUGGAUACUAUCUUUACACGCGGACGAAUCUAAAUGAACCGCAAAAAAUCACUUUCGGUGACAAAGACUCUUUAAUGAAAUCAAAUUACGAUGCUGACAAAGAACUUGUUGUAAUUGUACAUGGUUGGGCUAGCGAUCGACAUUCACCUGUAAACGAAGUUGUCAAAUCCUCCUACCUCAAAGUCACUGACGUCAAUGUUAUAGUAGUCGAUUGGGGUGAUAGCCAGGAGAAUUACGUUAGGACCAGUUUAAGAGUUCCUAGCACUGGGAGGUAUCUGGGAAAUUUUGUGCAAUGGGUGUUUGAUACAGCUGGUGGAGAUUGGGACAGAGUCCAUUUAGUCGGAUACAGCUUAGGUGCUCAUGUUGUUGGUAAUGCUGGACGUGAAGUCGGUGGUCUACCAAAAAGGAUAACAGGCUUAGACCCAGCUGGACCAUUAUGGGGACAUUCAUAUUCACUGGACACCAAUGCUGGACAGUAUGUCGAAGUCAUCCAUACUUGUGCAAUAAGAAGAGGAGCGAUCAAUGCUAUUGGACAUGUAGACUUCUAUCCAAACGGAGGUACCAAGCAACCUGGUUGUGAGGAUGCAACGUGCGCUCAUGACAGAGCCUACGAGCUGUUUGCUUCCAGCCUUGAAAACAGUCAUUUAAUUGGAAGGCAGUGCAUGUUGGUCUCAUUCGCAGUUGUUGGUGCAUGCUUUGGUGACACUCUUGUCAUGGGAAAUACAGACUUGUCGAAAACAGGGAGCGGAAUAUAUUAUUUAUCAACAAACGACAGCUGGCCUUUUUAAUUUUUACCAAAAGAAAUAAAGACAUGCACACCGUGCCAAUCACGUGGUAUACUUUAGUUUAUCAAGCAAGUGUACAAUACAAGUAGAAAAUUGAUUUUCUUCGAGAUUACACUGAGUGAAAUAAAAAAGGUACUACAAAAACACAUUUUAUUGAUACAAGUUUUAGAAUGGCCAACUUCUUCCAGUAAAUA